AUGGGAGAUAGUCAGGAAUCAAAUCAAAAACGUUGGGGCCACCUAAGGAAAGUACUUGAACGUCCAGGGCCAUUCAGUCAUCCAGAGUUCGAACCAUCCUCGGAAAUUUUAGAUUUUAUUAUGACAUCUUGUAAACUUCUGGUGGUUGGGGCUGGAGGCCUAGGAUGUGAAUUGUUAAAAGAUUUAGCGUUAAUGGGCUUUAAACAAAUAGACGUAAUAGAUAUGGACACAAUAGACUUAUCGAAUUUAAAUCGACAGUUCCUCUUUAGACACAAAGAUAUAGGUUCUUCGAAAGCUGAAGUCGCAGCUGCUUUUAUUAAUAAGAGAGUAGCUGGCUGUCAGGUUACACCCCAUUUCUGUAAAAUACAGGAUUACGAUGAAUCUUUUUAUAAACAGUUCCAUAUAAUUGUAUGCGGGUUAGAUUCAAUUGUAUCCAGGAGGUGGAUAAAUGGUAUGCUAAUUUCCAUGUUGAACUAUGAGGAUGAAAUGUUAGAUCAACAAACAAUCAUACCUUUGGUGGACGGAGGUACGGAGGGCUUUAAAGGAAAUGCUCGUGUUAUUCUGCCGGGAAUGAGCGCCUGUGUUGAGUGUACGUUGGAUUUGUACCCACCACAGGUGAACUAUCCACUGUGCACCAUAGCGAACACCCCGAGAUUGCCGGAGCACUGCAUUGAAUAUGUCAAAGUGAUUUUGUGGCCAAAGGAAAAUCCAUUUAAUGCGGAAUUAGAUGGGGACGAUUCUCAGCAUAUAACUUGGGUCUAUGAAAAGUCAAUGGAAAGGGCUCUACAGUUUAAUAUCCCCGGAGUGACAUAUCGCUUGGUACAAGGAGUUGUCAAACACAUUAUUCCAGCCGUCGCUUCAACGAAUGCAAUAAUAGCAGGUGUAUGUGCCACAGAGGUUUUUAAAAUCGCUACCAGUUGCUGUGUUCCGUUAAACAAUUAUAUGGUAUUUAAUGAUGUAGACGGCAUUUAUACAUAUACUUACGAAGCCGAGAAAAAGGACAAUUGUUUAGUUUGUUCUCAGAGGCCUCAAAUUAUAGAAAUAAAGGAUCCAUACACUAUGAAACUUAAGCAGUUAUUAGAAGUAUUGUCUGAAAGUGCGGCUUACCAGAUGAAGAGUCCAGGCCUUACUACAUUAAUCGAUGGCAAAAAUAAAACUUUGUACAUGUCGACAAUUAAGAGUAUAGAGGAGAGGACGAGAGCGAACUUAAAUAAAACCCUCGUCGAGUUAGGUCUUAAAGACGGACAAGAUAUUUUAGUCGCAGAUGUUACGUCGCCAAGUACUUUAGUAAUUAAGUUGAAAUAUUUGAGCAACGAUGUUGAGAUGAAUUAAACACAGUCUAUUUG